CCCUGUGCCAAGACCCCGAUAUGUGCGAUCCUAACAUCGAAAACCACAGGGGAUAGCAGCACUUCGCGUGUAUGGUAUUGCUGCAACACGAUCACAACACAACCAACAGACAAGCUAGUAGCUGCACACACAAACGAGUCUCGGGGAAUUGCCACCACAACAGUUCCGUGGCGGAGAAAUACCGGCGGAAAAUCGGGAAAAUGCCCGGGACGGAGCUGCGGGCUCGACUACACGCAACGCGCGGCUACGAUGUCGGAGGGUGCAAGCGCGGGACCUGCCGACGCCUCACAGGCCUCACAGGCUAGUGCUGGCGGUCCUUCCUCUGCGGAUCAGGGAGCUGCCGCUUGCGGACCCGAAGGCAACCGGCGAGGCUAUCGAUGAGAUGCUAGCCGCCAACGACCCUGUCAAAAACAGCAACGGCAAACGCGCGUACCCGGAGCCCAACUUCCCGAUCGAGCGGUCAGAGCAGUGGGAGGGAAAGGGAGCUACCCCAUCCGUUCUCCAGGUGCCUCGGAAGCGUAUCAUCGAGUGGCUGAAGCAGGAGGAGCAGCUCAGGGAGAAGAUCAGCGCCAACCCCGAGCUUUCGAAGGCCAAGCAGGUUCACAGCGGAGGGAAAGCUUCGACAGUCGACGCCGAACAAGCCCUUGUGGACUACAUCAACAAGCAGCGCAAGCAGCACCGUGGUUGUGGUAAUCGGGAGGUGAUGAACAAGCUGCUCGAGCUGAAGCCUGACGCCCUUGGCGGGAUGCCGGCGAAUGCGAAACCGGAGGAGGCGCUGGCUUUCAAGGUCAAAUUCAACUCAUGGUACCAACGGUUCGGCAAGCGGAAUGGGUUUAGCAUCCGCCGGCGUAACAGCGUGGGCCAGAAACUGCCAAAGGGGUACGAAGGUAUGGCGUGGGCGACGGUGAUGAAGCUGCUCGAGGCUCUCGUAAAGCGCGCCGGUGAGAUCUACGCUCGGCGCCACCCGCCGGCCCCUGACGGGAGCCCCAUCUAAGGGGAGGAUCUUACUUUCGAGCAGCUGGCGUCUGUGGAGGCGGAGGUUUUCGAGGAACUCGGCAACAUGGACCAGACGCCAGUCCAGCACGAGAUGCCGGUGGAGCCCACUCUGGAAAAGACCGGUGCGAAGGAUACUC